AUGAGCGACAUUAAAAAAUCCCUCCUCUCCGACACAGACACGAGCGAGCGCGCGCCUCUCCCCCGCCCUCCUUCCCUCGCCCUCCCAGCUCUCAACACGCUCCGCGACAAGCGCGUCAUCCUAGCCUCCGCGUCUCCCCGCCGCCGCCAAAUCAUGUCCCUCCUCGGCCUCCCCUCGAUCGAAGUAAUCCCCUCAAACGCCGCCGAAGACUUCCCCAAAACAAUGGAACCGUUCGAAUACGUGCUCGCGACCGCCACCAAGAAAGCGCAAGCCGUCUACGAGAUCGAGAUCCAAAACGAAGCCAAGGGGGAGCCCGCGCUGCUCCUCGCCGCAGACACAGUCGUUGUGGACACCGUGUCGGGGUCGAUCCUGGAGAAACCGCGCAGCGAAGCACAGCACAUCUCGAUGCUGAAGACCCUGCGCGACGCCGGUGAACAUAAAGUCUACACGGCGCUGGUGGCGAUGGCGCCGUUAGCGAGCGCGCGACAGCCCGGAUAUGUGAUGGAGACGGCGAUUGAGGAGACGACGGUGCGGUUUGGGGCGGACGUGUCGGAUGAGUUGAUCAUGGCGUAUGUGCGCACGAGAGAGGGGGUCGAUAAGGCGGGGGGUUAUGGGUUGCAGGGCAUCGGGUCGAUUUUGGUGGAGAGCGUGCAGGGGAGUUAUGAUAAUGUGAUUGGGUUGCCGUUGCGGACGGCGUAUAAGUUGAUUGAGAAGGUGGUGCACAAGGCGGAUGAUGAGGAUCGGUUGUCGGAUUCGGAGAGGGAUGGGUUGGAUGAGGAGAGUGAGGAUGAGUAG